AUGAAUACGACUAAUCCUGUUCCCAAGGUUCAUAAAUUUCCCAUCUAUCCUCUGAAAAGAUUUAAUACAAACUGUGUUGAAUUUAAACAGCCUGUAGAAAUUACUAGUUUUAGUCAUGAUGAAACUCGUCAAUUACAUAUGGACGAUAGAGAACUGAGAUAUUAUUAUCCUCCUAAUUUAGAGAAGGAUUUUAAUUUAUCAGCUGGCUAUGAAAACUUUAUUCAAAGGGAAAAUUCAGGACCUGAACCAAUUCAUUCUUUAUUGGAUGCGUUGAAUCAUUUGAAAAGAACUAGUGCCAAUAAGGAUGUAAUAAAAGCCGAUAUCAUCUCUUGGAGGGGAAUUUUCACAAAGUUACUAUGUGCUCCAUAUAACAAGAAAGAACCCUGGGAGUUAGGAGCUACAUUAUAUAAUAACACAAUCUUCAUUGAAGAACAUGAAACGGAAUAUACACGACGAAACAAUGCCGGAAAUUCUCCAAGAGCUAAAUUAAUGGGGUAUUGGGGAUAUAGAUUUGAAGCUUUAAGUACAAUCAAUGUACCUGCGUCUGAAAUUAAAUCUCCAAAUGAUCCUGAAUUAUUAGCUCGUAAAAAUGCUGUGGUUAAUACGAAUAUACAAUAUUGUUCUGUGGCUAAAACAACAUUGGGAACAAAGAAAUUAAUUAUGGGCGCAGAGGUUGAUUGUCUUAUAGAUAUUAAACCACCACAUCCUGAAAAUCCUGUUGGUAGAUAUAUUGAAUUGAAAACUUCUAAAAUUAUUGAUUCAGAUAGGGAUAAAUUUGUAUUCGAAAGAGAUGAUGAUGGAAACUUACGUGCAGUACAAGAACUUAAAACUUUAGAAAUACCAAGAAUGGUUAGAGGAAAAGAUAAAAUGUGGGAUGCAACUAUAUGCUUAAAUUUCUUAAAUAAUUUUUUUGAUUGGUUAAGAGACGUGAUUAAAAUUGAAGAUGCAAAUUCUUCAUAUGUUAUAUCAUUUAAGGAGCCAUUUCAAGAAAUUGAAGUUUCCUUUUGUCAUAAUAAAGAUUCUGUAUUGGCGGAUAGACAUUUAAACUCAUUUAGAUA